AGGUGUGACCCCAGCCCUCCCCAGGCCAUGGCUGACAUGAUUUUCGGCAGCGGGAUGGGYCCCUGGGUUUGCCCCAACGACCGGCAGCUGGCCCUGCGAGCCAAGCUGCAGACGGGCUGGUCAGUGCACACGUUCCGGACGGAGAAGCAGCGGAGGACGCAGGCGCUGAGCCCGAAGGAGCUGGAGRUCAUCCUGGGAGUGAUCCGCAGGGCCGAGGAGCUGGACACGGCCGAGCAGCAGCGUGUGGGGCGCCUGGUGGAGAGGCUGGAGAACAUGAGGAGGAACGCCAUGGGGAACGGGCUGUCGCAGUGCCUGCUCUGUGGAGAGCUGCUGGGGCUGCUGGGCAGCGCCUCUGUCUUCUGUCAAGACUGCAGAAAGAAAGUUUGCACCAAGUGUGGGAUAGAAGCUGCCGGAACCCAGAAACGCCCUCUGUGGUUGUGCAAGAUCUGCAGCGAGCAGAGAGAGGUGUGGAAGAGGUCCGGGGCGUGGUUCUACAAAGGGCUGCCCAAAUUCAUCCUGCCCGUGAGGAGCAGCAGAACCCCGGAGCUGCAGCCCCAGCCCUGGCAGGGCGAGGGGAUGGUGCCAGAGCCGGACAGCGCCGGGAGCGGCCGCUCCUUCCCCUGGGCCAGGGUAAAAGCGGCAUCCGGYGACAGYGACAGYGACAGCGACUCGGAGCUGAGCUCCUGCAGCCUGGAGGAUGUGCCCGGCCCCGGGGGAUGGCGGAGCUCCCCGCGGGGACAGCUCCGGGCAGCGGCGGCACCCACYGGGGCACCCAGCCGGACCCUGGGGCUCCCCCCGUGCCCCCCAAUCCCAGGGAGCCCCAGCAGCCCGGGCAGCGAGCGGGGGAUUGAGCUCAGCCCCCCGGACAGCACUGACCAACCCUCGGACCGGCGCGGUGGCCACGCCCCGGGCAAACAGCGGAUCCACACCAGAACUCGGCUCUGAUGGAGGUGAGGAUGGAGAUGGAGUGAGGAUGGAGAUAAGGUGAGAAUGGAGAUGAGGUGAGGAUGGAGAUGGAGGUGAGGAUAGAGAUGGAGAUGAGAAUGGAGAUGGGGUGAGGAUGGAGAUGGAGGUGUGGAUGGAGGUGAGGAUGGAGAUGGAGGUGAGGUUGGAGCUGCUCUGCCUGGAUCCAGCACUUUUCUGUUCCUCAGACUUCACUCCAGAUGGGAACUGCUGCCGGCGGUGACUUUGGGAUGUCAGCUGCUCCCCUGGCACUGGCAGCACGGGGACACCUGGGGACACUGCUGCCCAUCCUCUGUGAGCCCAGCAGAGCAGCUGGGGCUGGAAUUGUGCCUGGCCCCCACGGGGAGGGGGGUCAGUCCUCGUGUUUCUGGUCGGGGUCACUCCUCGUGUUUCUGGUCAUUGUGCCAGUUGGGAUGGGCUUGGUGGGGCCACCAGGAGCUGCUGGUGGAGCUGUGCUCCCAUUCCCACCCCCUAUCUCUGCUCAGGAUAAAGAAAAACUCCAAGGAAUUUUCUGUGGGKUUUUUUUCACCCCUCCUGGCUGUGCCCUGGCUGGUGUGAGGGUGUGGGUUCAGGGAAGAUGUGUGUUUGCUGCAGCUCCUGAUGGGAUCACACCCCCACCCCCAGCCCAGCUGGCUCCCCGUGAGCUCCCAAAUUGGAUAAAAUCUCCCAAAUGAGUUUAUCUUGUAAAUCCCUGCAGAUUCCCCUCCCACGUGCYCACCUCACACCARCAAGGGCCUUUUWUUUGCCUUUUUCCUGUAAGUCCCGMGCAUCUGCCUGGCUGUGACGGUGUCAUCGUGAGUCAGGCUGUUGAAAACCGCCUGUCCCACUCCUGCUUAUUCUCCAGGAYGGACAAUUUCCCUCUAAGGCCUGGCAGACGAGAAAAAAAAUCAAAUUACCUCACGUCUGGAGAGCAAUUAGAUCUUGGAAGACCUGAACAAAACUCACAGUGGGCUGGUAGCAGUCUGUGGAUUUUAUUAAAUGCUUCGGAUCUGAUCUGCCUUUUAUGAAGAAACAAAGGAUUCUGAAAAGCUCCCCUCUGAAAUCAUAAAGUUAAAGGCGAUUUGUGCCCAUUAAUGUUAGCCCUUUCCCUGGGUUAUCACUCUUUUUGUUCUGUUUUCCGACGAAAAUAAAGGAUCAGGAAUCAACCCUUGGCUUCCCCUCUGAACGAGCAGAGUCCCUCAGAGGAGCAUUCCCUCGCUGCUCCCCCAGUCCAUGCUGCUGGGAAAACACUUCCAAACCUUUCCUCUGUCAUCUGUUCCUGCCCUUUUGCAAAUUAAAACCAAACCUGUGGGCCCACGCGGGCUCUCAGAGACGGUGGAAAAUGAAAUCGUUGAGUGUGGGGUCUACAACAAAAAUGUUGGAUGGGGUUGUUCUCCACUGAAAGAUGUUUUGUGGCACAAUUUUGUGUUGUUAACCUGGCUGUUAAAGCUCGACCAGCUSUGGGAAGGGGCAAUGCCAAAAUUAUUCGCUGUGACUGAAAAAAGCAACUCCAGCCGUCAGCUUUUGCAGAAACACUGGUGUAAUUUCAGAGCUGCUUCUCCUGAGGGCUGCAGGACUUUCAGUUUCCGAGGUUUUUUUGCCACCAGAAAGAAGUUCUGCUGUGCCUUGAAGCUGCUGACAGUCYGAGUGAGGCUCGUCUGGCUCAUCGCUGCAGUGCCUCAGACAGCCUGAGUUAAUUCAGCAGCCGAAGGAGAGGGAAAAAGACUUUUAGGAAUUGACUCUAUUUCCUUUAAACCUGUUACUGUCUCAUCACUGGCUCUAGGCUGAGCUGGAGAGAGCUUUUAAAACCAAGAGUGUCAUUUCUGGCUCUCCUUGAGCUGCUUCUCCUCAGGUCAGUCGUGUUUUUGUUCCCACUCUCCCUUCCCACAACAUUUUCCACACCGUGGGGUGCUCAGGAGCCUGGGAAUCAUUGCUGUGCCACUGUGAGGCAUCAGCUUGAUGUUUAACUCAAGCCAGCUUUCAUAAAACACUCUCAGAGAUAARUGUGAGACUGCUCUGGCACCAGUGAGACUGGAAUAUUUUCAUUCUUACCUCUGURUUUUCACUCCAUGGGGUAAUUCCACCUGAUUCGAGCCAGAAUUGUUCAGUCAGCUGUGGAAAGGUUGGGUUGAGGGAAGGAUCUGGUCCUGGACAAUGUGAAUGGGGCAGAGGAACACCUGCACUGUUUUAUUUUGAAGACCCUUUGUGGCGAUUCUCUCAGUCGUGUUUUGCAGCUUUUGUUGGAAAAAAACCCCAAAUCUGUCCCUGUCUUUUGAGCUGGCUCAAGGUGGGCAGGAAGGGCUCAGUCGAUGUGCCCAGCCUGCUCUGGUCAUUUGUGUCCAUGAUUUUGUUGUUCUCAUCUCCAUCCCUCACAACUUCCACGUGCUGUCCCUCUACUGCAGACAAUAAAGCUUUUGCUCAACUUCUCACCUUUCUCCA